AUGAGUCCAGUAAGGCGCGGGGGUAGACCCCGCCUUUUACCUUUGCAGCUCUUUAGCCUCUGCUGGGUGCUCUCUGUGGCCCAGAGCAAGACGGUGCGAUACAGCACCUUCGAGGAGGACGCUCCUGGCACGGUAAUCGGGACUUUGGCUGAGGACCUACAUAUGAAAGUGUCCGGAGACACCAGCUUCCGCCUGAUGAAGCAAUUCAACAGCUCGCUGCUACGUGUGCGUGAGGGUGAUGGGCAGCUGACCGUCGGGGAUGCGGGCCUGGACCGCGAGCGGUUGUGUGGCCAGACCCCGCAGUGCGUGCUGGCCUUCGACGUGGUCAGUUUCUCGCAGGAGCAGUUCCGGCUGGUGCACGUGGAGGUCGAGGUGAGGGAUGUCAACGACCACGCGCCCCACUUCCCACUGGCCCAGAUCCCCGUAGAGGUGUCCGAGGGCGCGGCCGUGGGCACACGCAUCCCCCUGGAGAUGCCAGUGGACGAGGACGUGGGCGCCAAUGGGCUGCAGAGCGUGCACCUGGCCGAGCCACACAGCCCCUUCCGCGUGGAACUGCAGACUCGAGCAGACGGCGCCCAGUGUGCCGACCUGGUCCUGCUGCAGGAGCUGGACCGCGAGAGCCAGGCCGCCUACAGCCUGGAGCUGGUGGCCCAGGACGGCGGCCGCCCGCCGCGGUCCGCCACGGCCGCCCUUAACGUGCGUGUGCUGGAUGCCAACGACCACAGCCCGGUCUUCCCGCAGGGCGCUGUGGCCGAGGUCGAGCUGGCAGAGGACGCGCCCGUGGGCUCGCUGCUGCUGGACCUGGACGCGGCCGACCCUGACGAGGGCCCCAACGGCGAAGUCGUGUUCUCCUUCGGCGCCCGCACCCCGCCCGAGGCGCGCCGGCUCUUCCAUCUCGACCCGCGCUCGGGACGCCUCACCCUCGCGGGACCCGUGGACUACGAGCGCCAGGACACCUACGAGUUGGACGUGCGGGCGCAGGACCGUGGCCCGGGGCCUCGCUCGGCCACCUGCAAGGUCAUCGUGCGCAUCCGCGACGUCAAUGACAACGCGCCGGACAUCACCAUCACGCCCCUGGCCGCCCCGGGCGCGCCUGCCGCCUCGCCCUUUGCUGCCGCCGCCGCCGCCGCUGCCGCUGCUCUCGAGGGGACGGUCACGACCUCCUCGUCUACCGGGCCCGGGACCCCGGAGGCCGGCGCUGUCUCUCUGGUGCCAGAGGGGGCGGCGCGCGAGAGCCUGGUGGCGCUGGUCAGCACCUCGGACAGGGACUCGGGCGCCAAUGGGCAGGUGCGCUGCGCCCUCUAUGGGCAUGAGCACUUCCGGCUGCAGCCGGCCUACGCGGGCAGCUACCUGGUGGUGACCUCUGCAUCCCUGGACCGUGAGCGAAUCGCCGAGUACAACCUGACGCUGGUGGCCGAGGACCGCGGCGCGCCUCCGCUGCGCACCGUGAGGCCCUACACGGUGCGCGUGGGCGAUGAGAAUGACAAUGCGCCGCUCUUCACGCAGCGGGUCUACGAGGUGUCCGUGCGCGAGAACAACCCGCCCGGCGCCUACUUGGCCACGGUGGCUGCCCGGGACCCGGACCUGGGCCGCAACGGCCAGGUCACCUACCGGCUGCUGGAGGCGGAAGUGGGCCGCGCUGGGGGCGCCGUGUCCACCUACGUCUCCGUGGACCCGGCCACCGGGGCCAUCUAUGCGCUGCGCAGCUUCGACUACGAGGCGCUGCGCCAGCUCGACGUGCGCAUCCAGGCGAGCGAUGGCGGCGUCCCCCAGCUCUCCAGCAGCGCCCUGGUGCAGGUGCGAGUGCUGGACCAGAACGACCACGCGCCGGUCCUGGUGCACCCGGCGCCGGCCAACGGCUCCCUGGAAGUGGCAGUCCCGGGGCGCACCGCGAGGGACACGGCCGUGGCGCGUGUGCAAGCCCGGGACGCGGACGAGGGUGCUAACGGGGAGCUGGCAUUCGACCUCCUGCAACAGGAGCCGCGAGAAGCUUUCGCCAUCGGCCGCCGCACGGGGGAGAUCGUGCUCACGGGCGAUCUGUCCCAGGAGCCCGUAGGCCGCGUGUUCCGGGCGCUGCUGGUCAUCUCCGACGGCGGCCGUCCCCCGCUCUCUACCUCUGCCACCGUCAGCUUCGUGGUGACAGCAGGCGGCGAAGGGCGGGGGGCCGGAGCGUCCGCCGGCGCCGGGAGCCCCGAGCGCUCUCGCCCGCCGGGUUCUCGGCUCUCAGCGUCCGGGUCGGCGCUGCAAUGGGACACGCCACUGAUCGUCAUCAUCGUGCUGGCCGGGAGCUGCACGCUGCUGCUGGCCGCCAUCAUCGCCAUCGCCACCACCUGCAACCGGCGCAAGAAGGAGGUGCGCAAAGGGGGGGCCUGCCGGGAAGAGCGGCCCGGGGCGGCGGGCGGCGGCGCCUCGGCUCCCGGCUCCCCGGAGGAGGCCGCCCGGGGAGCCGGGCCCAGACCCAACAUGUUCGACGUGCUCACCUUCCCUGGCAGCGGCAAAGCGCCCUUUGGUAGCCCCGCGGCCGACGCGCCCCCGCCCGCAGUCGCGGCCGCCGAAGUGCCGGGCGCGGAGGGCGGCAGCGUCACCGGGGAGAGCUCCUGUCACUUCGAGGGGCAGCAGCGGCUCCGCGGCGCGCACGCCGAGCCCUACCGCGGCGCCUCCGGCUUCGGAGCGGAGCCGGCGCCCCCUGUGGCGGUGUGGAAGGGACAUUCUUUCAACACCAUCUCUGGCCGGGAAGCGGAGAAGUUCAGCGGCAAAGAUAGCGGCAAAGGGGACAGCGAUUUCAAUGACAGCGACUCCGACAUCAGUGGGGACGCCCUGAAAAAGGACCUCAUCAACCAUAUGCAAAGUGGACUGUGGGCAUGCACGGCUGAGUGCAAGAUCCUGGGCCACUCAGACCGCUGCUGGAGCCCAUCGUGUGGAGGGCCCAACACCCAGCCCUCCACACACCCACCAGCCCAGAUGUCAACCUUCUGUAAGAGCACCACACUGCCUCGGGAUCCUCUGCGCAGAGACAAUUACUACCAGGCCCAGCUGCCCAAGACAGUGGGGCUGCAGAGCGUCUAUGAGAAAGUGCUGCACAGAGACUAUGACCGGACAGUCACCCUGCUCUCCCCUCCUCGUCCAGCGAGGCUGCCAGACUUGCAGGAGAUCGGGGUACCCCUCUACCAGUCCCCACCUGGCAGGUACACAUCCCCAAAGAAAGAAGCUGAUGAAAAUGUGUAA